CUUCGUGGACCCCUUGAGCAACUCUCUCUUAGUUAUAAGUUGAAGAGGGGGAGGUUCAAAAUUUUUAUAUGUGCUUUUUGUUUUGGUUUUCCAAAGGUUGUGUAGUGUGAUAAUAUGGCUUCUUUGGGGAUAUCUUAUGACAUGGUGCUGGGCAGUUUGAUGCCAGUUGUUGUGUACUGGGUUUAUGGAGGAAUGUACAUGGCUUUAGGGUCCUGUGACAAUUACAGAUUGCAUCCCAAGGAAGACGAGGAUGAGAAGAAUUUUGCUUCCAAAGAGACAGUCAUCAAAGGCGUCCUUUGGCAACAAUUCCGUCAGUUCAUUGCGACGAACCUCUUGUAUAUGAUGACAGGAGGAAGUCACGCCGGGGCUUCGUCAGGGCAGCCACCUUCCCUUACUGUUAUAGCUAGACAGUUUGUUGUAGCUAUGCUGGUUUUCGAUACUUACCAAUAUUUUCUUCACAGAUACCUGCACCACAACAAGUUCUUGUACCGUCACCUCCACUCCAAGCAUCAUCGGCUGGUUGUUCCCUACCCAUUCGGUGCUAUCUACAGUCAUCCGAUCGAAGGGUUUCUCUUUGACAUCCUCGGUGGGUCGUUGGCUAUUUUCCUCUCCGGUAUGUCUCCUCGAACCUCAGCCUUUUUCUCCUCCUUCGCCGCCAUGAAAUCAGUGGACGACCACUGCGGGUUGAUGCUCCCUGGGAAUCCCUUCCACAUCUUCUUUGAGAACAACACCGCCUACCAUGAUCUCCACCAUCAGCUUUACGGUGGCAAAUACAACUUCUCCCAACCGUUCUUCGCCAUGUGGGAUCGAAUUCUGGGGACACACAUGCCUUAUUCGCUUGAGAAAGGAGAAGAAGGAGGCUUCGAGUUGAGGCCUGCCAAAGAGUGCAAGAACGAUUGAUUGAGAAAUUGCUAUCCGUAGCCCUCCACUCUUUUCUACUUUUUUGUUUGUUGCGCAGAGUAGCUUCACUUGGGAUAAGAACUCUGAUUUGUCAUGAAAAUUGCAAGGAGAAUAAAUGGUUGGUUUUUUAUAUUAAAAAUCACUGUCUAUUCGAGAGUAUGUGUACAAGGUAAGAACCGGAUGUGAAACUAUGAAUUUACUACUAUUUUGUGAA